AUGAACUUAGAAGUUCAUCGCAACCUGUAUGUGUCACCCUAUAGUUUUGACUGGCUAAGACAAGCCUCAGUACCAAAUAUUGCAUUGCUUCAGAGUUUCUUCCCCUCAUUAUUUGACCAGACACCAGUUGUGCAAGCACUGCUUCCUCACUUUCCAGGCCCUCCACCACCACCUAUUCCACCCCCAGCCCCACCAUCACCACCACCAAUACCACCACCUCCUCCAAACCCUCCACCACCACCACCACCACCACCACCCCCACCCCCACCACCUCCAAACCCUCCACCACCACCAAUUCCUUUGCCUAUGCCUCCCCCAAACCCCCCACCAGCUCCACCACCAACUCCUCCACCAAUUCCUUUUCCAACACCACCUCCAAAUCCUCCACCUGCACCACCGCCACCACCACCUACUCCCCCACCAAAACCUCCUCCAGCACCACCACCUAUUCCCCCUCCAGCACCACCCCCACCACCAAUUCCUCCGCCACCACCACCAACACCUCCUCCUGCACCACCCCCACCGCCUAUCCCACCACCAACACCUCCUCCAGCACCACCCCCACCGCCUAUCCCACCACCAACACCUCCUCCACCCCCACCUCCACCACCUAUCCCUCCGCCACCAACACCUCCUCCUGCACCACUCCCCCCACCUAUUCCACCACCAACACCUCCCCCAGCACCACCCCCACCUCGAAUACCUCUGCCCCCAGCUCCACCUCCACCCCCGGCACCUCCUCCGAUUCCUUUGCCGAUACCACCUCCAGCUCCACCGCCACCACCACCAAUACCUCCACCUCCUCCAAUUCCCUUGCCAAUGCCACCUCCAGGUCCACCACCACCUCCAGCUCCACCGCCACCACCAAUACCACCUCCUCCUCCAAUUCCCUUGCCACUGCCACCUCCAGUACCACCACCACCUCCAAUUCCUUUGCCAAUGCCACCCCCAGCAGCACCACCACCACCAUGA